AGCUUGACUCUUCCAGUACAUACUACUACAUACAUAUAUGUAGAUACAGUGAGGUGCGGAAUGGAGGACAACCCUGAGCUCAACGCUUUCAGGCGCCGGUGGCGUGAGGAAGUAUCGCGCCGAAACAAAUCGCCUACGCUUCCCAAGCAGAACUCCUCCCAACCCGCGGGGCCGGAGCUGGAUCCUCCGCCUCCCACACGACAUCGAGUAACGGACUUCAAGGAAGAUGUCGAGGAGGAUUUGGGCCAAGACUAUGGCGAAUUCGUGCAGCGCACGGAACAUUUGACGUUGCGGGCCCAUGAUGAAGAUGCCUUUCAGAGAACGCCCCAGAAGGAGCCCAGCUCGGCACUCGAACAUUUUGAGAAGGCUGUGGAAAAGGAAGCUCAAGGUAGUUUGGGGGAUAGUCUCGCCCACUACCGCAAAGCAUAUAAACUGGACUCGGCGAUCGAUAAGAAGUACAGAAACAAGCAUUUCGCAUCCAAAACAGCACAGUCUCAGACAGAAAAUAAAGUCCCCGAGUCGCCAGAUAAAACUGAUGAACUCGUCGUGCUACCUACACCACAAUUGAUCCUAUCCUUCGCUGGCCUGCCCAUCCCACAAGCUGAGCCAUUUAUCGAAGGCACGCCCCCGCCACCGUGCCCAAUUGCGAAUAUCUCAAACGACAUACUCGUCGAAAUCCUCACACACAUUGCAUUAAUGGACCCUGCAUCUCUGUGUCGGAUGUCUCUGGUCUGCAAACGCUUUGCCUUCCACUUCGCCCAUGAACAGCACAUCUGGAAACGGUUAUGCCAGGGACCAGAAUUCGGGUUUCAAAGCAUGCACUAUUCGUUUGCCUGUGACUUGGCUGGACACCCUUACCACACGCUAGCUCCACGAUACACGCCAUUUCCGCGCGGCAUCCCGGCACAAAUACCAGAUCCUCUCUCCACCUGGAGCGAAGUGUUCCAAAUAUUCCCGCGUAUCAGGUUCACUGGUAUUUAUAUUAGCACAGUCAAUUACACACGACCCGGAGGAGCCUCGACUUUUACUACAGAGUCUUGGAACUCUCCCAUACACAUUGUCACAUAUUACCGCUACAUUCGCUUCUACCCAGACGGAUCAGUGAUAUUCCUAACUACGACAACCGAACCGAUGGACGUGGUUCCGCACAUCAGCAAAGAAAACGUCGCUGCUGCGAAACCCGUCGACCAUCGACAACAUCACCGAAAGAGGUCCGAAAUAGCAGCCCAAGAGGCUUCUACAAGCGGUGCCCCAGUUCCGGCCGUCGCCAUGCAAGCAUUAAAACACGCCUUGCGCGGACACUGGCAUCUCAACGCACCAACGGCACACGAAACCGAGUCACCAGCUCAAUUCCCGGCCCCGCCAUUAAAUUCCAACGAAGCGCCAGCUCCGGAGGAGCGGGAUCCGCGGGAUCUGGUGAUUGAAACAGAAGGCGUUGGUCCGAAAUACACGUAUAUUCUACAUCUCGGCUUGCGCUCGUCGAACCCAGCGCGCAUCGUCGGCGCAACUAAGUCGCCGCCGAAUGUUUCCAGAAACACUAAGCUGGCAUGGAAGGGAUUCUGGAGCUAUAACAAACUCACUGACGAUUGGGCUGAAUUCGGCUUGCGGAAUGAUCGUAUUCGUUCUUUUGUUUUUCGGAGGGUUAGAGGGUGGGGAUUAUGAUCAUAGAUAUACAAUACAUACAGAGAUAUAGAGGUAGACAGCUCAGAUGACUUAACGAUGAAUAUGAAUUAGCAUUUUUU